CCGGCCGCCCGCAGCCUCGUCACCCGGACCCCGAGCCAAGGCGACGGCGCGGAGAGCAGGGGCCGCGGGGAGCGGAGCCCAACGGACAGCCGAGCGGACAGCCCACCGGACCGGACAGCGGGGGCGGCGGCCGCAGCCCCAACCCGGCGCUGCGGCCUUGCGCUCCCUGCAGCCCGUGUCGGCCGGACCUCUCCCCGGGACCCCCGGAUCCCCGCCGCCCAGCAACGCCCAGCACCUCCCCUACCCUGGGACGGGGACUCCGGCCCGAUAGGACCUUCCCCCUAUGGGGGAAGAGAGACCCUCCUCCCGGGCCGGGAUUUAGGGGUCGCCCUGAAGGUGCGGGGAGAGAGAGAGAGAGGAGCUAGGGCCUCCCCUCCCCCGCAGCGCAGAUCGGGGGACGGGGACCGUCCCCCAGGCCCAGACCUGAGAUAGCCCCUCCCCUCGGCGCCCCCGGAUCUGUGGGGAGGGGAGCUCAGUCCAGGUUGGCAGAAGCUUCUCCACGUCCUCCUUCUCCUCUUCCUCUUCUUCCUUUCCUUUCCCCUCCCUCCCUUCACCCCUCCUCUCCCUCCUCCUCCUCCUCCUCCUCCUCGCCCCCAGCAUAGCAGGCAGGGUGUGGGGGGCGGGUCACCUGCCCCAAGUAGGACCUCCCUCCCCUCCUCCCCCUCCCCCUCCCCCGCCCUCCCGGGGACACCCACCUCGCCCGGCCCCGGGGGCCCAGCCCACUCGACGCGGACCAGGCUCUGAGGAUGGGAUCCUCGGCCGGCCGCUGAGCCGGGCCCCCUGCCCACCCCGAGACGUCGCUCCCCGCGGGCCCCCGGAGUCAGAGGCCAGCAACGCCAUGGCUUCGGACCUGGAGAGCAGCCUGACCUGUAUCGACUGGCUCCCCCAGCUGACCCUGCGCGCCACCAUCGAGAAGCUGGGGGGCUCGGCGCCGGGCGGGGCCCCGGGCGCGGGGGGCGGCCGCAAGUGCACCCCCGGCUCGCCUCCGGACCCCGGCGCCGUGCUCAGCAAGGACGAGGUGGCCGUGCACCAGGACGGGAAGCCGCGCUACAGCUACGCCACUCUCAUCACCUGUGCCAUCAACUCCUCCCCCGCCAAGAAGAUGACCCUGAGCGAGAUCUACCGCUGGAUCUGCGACAACUUCCCCUACUAUAAGAACGCCGGCAUCGGCUGGAAGAACUCCAUCCGCCACAACCUGUCUCUGAAUAAGUGUUUCCGCAAAGUUCCACGACCCCGUGAUGAUCCCGGGAAGGGCUCCUACUGGACGAUUGACACCUGUCCCGACAUCUCCCGCAAGAGGCGACACCCUCCGGAUGAGGAUCUGUGCCAGGACUCUCCUGAGCAAGAGGCCAGCAAGAGCCCACGAGGUGGGGUCCCAGGCAGUGGAGAUGCUUCUCUGCCCCCUGAAGGGAAUGCCCAGAUGCCCCUGCAGGCGCCCCCCACCAUUGCCAGCUACAGCCAGGGCUCCGGAUCCACAGAGGGCACGGGGGUGGCCGCAGGGGGUCCUGGCCGAGAUGGGACAGAGGGACCCCCGCCCCUCUACAAUGCCAACCACGACCUCAAGUUCUCCUACUCGGAGAUCAACUUCCAGGACCUCAGCUGGUCGUUCCGUAACCUCUACAAGUCCAUGCUGGAGAAGUCUUCCUCCUCCUCCUCCUCCCAGCAUGGCUUCUCCUCUCUCCUGGGAGACAUGCAGCCCUCCAACCACAACUACUACAUGUACCAGCAGCAGCCACAGCCUCCGCAGCCGCCGCAGCCGCCGCCGCAGCCGCCGCCGCAGCCACCACCCCCUGGCCCAUCCUCGGUGGGGGCCGCCCCCGCCCUCCACACCCCGAGCCCGGAUGCUUGCCCGGCGCCCGGGGGGAAGCGGUCAGGAGUGGACGGCUACGGGCCGCCCCCUGUGAUGGCUCUACACCCGGGUUCCCUGCCUCACCCCCACCCAGGGGGCUUCCACCCCCACCCGCACCACCCCCACCCUCAUCCUCCCCAGCCCCAGCCCCAGCCCCAGCCGCCGGCCCAGACCCAGGCCCCCAUCAACAGCUCGGGCUUUGCCUUCCCCCCAGACUGGUCCUCCAACAUCGACUCUUUGAAGGAGAGCUUCAAGAUGGUCAAUCGGCUGAACUGGUCCAGCAUCGAGCACUCCCAGUUCUCAGAGCUGAUGGAGAGCCUGCGGCAGGCGGAGAGGAAGAACUGGAGUCUGGACCAGCACCACAUUGCCAAUCUCUGCGACUCUCUGAACCACUUCCUCACCCAGACCGGGCACCUGCCACCCCCCGGGGGCCCCCACCAGCCACCACCCUCCACUCGCCUCACUGACUCCUGUGCCCUCACUGGUGGCAAGCAAGACACGGCCCUGACCCAAGUGAACUCCUAUGGGCAUCCUCAGGCCCCUCACCUCUACCCUGGCCCAGCGCCCAUGUACCCUGUCCAGAGCCAGGACUCUCCAGGAUACAACCGCCCCGCACAUCACCUGGCACCCCGGCCGCCUGGCCCCAACGAGGAGAUCCACGACGACUUUGACUGGGACUUGAUCACUUAGCCACCGUUCGACGUGGCCCCCCCGGCCUGGGGUGCUGGCUCGUGGGGGGAGGGGCAUGGACGCCCCCCUCCAACUCCGCUCCUUCCCUAUUACCUGUAAAUAGAUAUAUAACCCCCUCUCCCCACUCCCCUGGUCUUUCUCUCUGGAGAAGUCCCUGCAAAAUGCUGCCAUGAUAAACUCCAAUCUAGCCUCCUCUUCACCCUGCCUUCCCCUCCCUCCCUCUUAUUCUUUUAUUAUUGUUAUUAUUAUUGUUAUUAUUGUUAUUAUUAUUAUUAUUGGUUCUUAUGCUGUCCUUCCCCUCCCCUUACCUGGACUAACACUAGGUCCCACCAAUCUCCAGCCUCUAGGUUGGUCCCUAGGACUCCGAUUGGCCCAGUGUGAUGCAGUGCUGGGGUGGAACUAAUCCCACUCCUCAGCUCGGGACUGGCAAAGUGUGGGAUGGGGCAUGCUAGCUGAUGGGUGGAGGCUAGCUUUUGAUUGGCUGCUCUCAGUCUCGGGGUGGGGAGGCGGUGCUCGGGGACCUGUGGUUGGAGGGGAGUGGCAGCCUGCAGGCGACUGGGUCGGGGAGGGGCAGGGGUGAGCUGGAAUCCGGGCCAGGAAGGCCCGGCCCACCCUGGCCCACCUCAGCCCACCCCAUCCCAGCCCAUCCAGUAGGGAGCCAGAGUGGUCCCUGGCUCAGGACUCUGCCCCGUCCAGGUGUCAGAGGGAGGGGGCUGACACCCAGGGGGGUCUCCACCAUCUCAGGAGGGCACGGGUGACACAAGUUCAAAACCAGAGAACCCUUUCCUCAUUCCUCUUUAUGGCCACAGGAGCCCAUUUGCACCUGCAGAUUGCCCUCCCCGCCCCCCCGCCCCCUGCCUAAUUUGGGACCUGCCUCUCCUUUCCUUCCCCCUCCUCCCUUCCUCUGCCUCCCCUCCCCAGGCCCCCGGGGGCGGGAUCUGCGGAGGACAUGAGGGGAUCCAUCGAGGUACCGGGGGACCCCAUCCCUGCCUCGCCCCGCUUUCCCUUCCUCACUCAGUCCCUUCUGGUCAGAAGGGGAGGGAACGUUAGUUGGGCGGGGGGCGGUGUGCGUUGGGGUGGGGGGUGGUCCCGGGGACCUGGUCCGUAGCAGACAUUUCCCAGAUUGGGCCUCGAGGGGAGUAAAGUCCAGGCAGGCGGGAAAGGCCCACGCAGCGAGGUUUGGGGGCGACCCUCUCACCACGGGGUAGGGAGAGCGGCCCGGUGGCUCCCUGAUCAGGAGGCAUGACUUGCUUCGUCCUGCUCGGGACAGCGAAGGGCCAAGGAUCGUGGGCCUUUUAAGGGCAAGUGCAGUGGCUUUUGCCUAUGACAAUGUGUGUCACCGUCAUUCUCCAAAAGGUAUUAGCGCCCCGGGGUGGAGAGAGUUUAAGCCGGGACAUCAGGACUCCGGGGUUCCCAGUGCCCUCCUCUCCUUCUGCCUCUCCCAGCCCCUCUGGGUGAGCCAGGGCAGGCAGCUUCUCUCACUCCCCCUUCCGUGCCUCAGUUUCUCCUCCCCGCGUUUCAGGGAGAGCAGAGCGUGAAGUGUUGUCGUUGUCAUUGUCCUGGGUGAUAUGUGCGUGGCUACGGGGAGCUAGGGGGAAGGCCCCAGGGGCAGGGUGGGGGGUUGUGGGGGCGGGGCAUCCGGCACAGGCCCCUCCCCAGCCCCGUCCCUGCCUCCCACCCUUCCGCGUGCCGGGCCCGCCGGAGCCUUCGCGCUGCCGUGGGCUGGGCAGGGGCCGAGGCCUCACGAGUUUUAUUUUUCUUGCAUGCUUUCUUAAUAAAACAAAUGAAUGUU